GACUUUCCUAAUUGCACUUUCUACGGUUUUGAUUUACUUGAUAUUUUUGAAGAAGGCCAAGGAAUUCUUAUACCCAAUAAUUGUAGACUAAAAAAACAUGAUGUGUUUGAUGGGCUAGCAUACAAAGACAAUACGUUUGACUUUGUCCAUCAAAGAAUGAUGCAUUUAGUGUAUCCUCAAGACAAAAUUCCUUGGCUUUUUGAAGAAAUCUUGCGUGUCACAAAGGACAAUGGCUGGGUUGAGCUAAUUGAGCCUGACUUGUCUCCAAAACGAUGUGGACCAUUGUUUGAAAAAGUCUAUAAUGCUGUCCGUAUCACCAUAAAAGAAUUAUUUGGAUCACCACUUCAUGGUCCUUCACUUGUCAAGAGAAUGUCAGAAGCUGGUUUAGUAGACAUUCAAACAGACUAUGGUUCUCUACCUGUUUGUUGGGGAGGCUAUAUUGGCAAGCUUGUCUAUGAGAACGCUCUACAAGGAUUCAGGGUGUUUGGACCAGCUAUUUUUGAACAUUUAGAAUUGGAAGGCGAAUUUGAUUCAGAGUCCUUUGAUGAUCUGCUGGACAAAGCAUUUGAUGAAUGUGUUGAAUAUCAAACCUUCUUUAACAUACGAUGGGCUUAUGGUAGAAAA